AUGAACGAGUUUGUGUCACAGACGUUAGAAGUUGUUAAUUCUCAUAUGAGUGUCAAUGCUCACCUAGGAGGUGGUGGGCCUUCUAUGGCACUCAAUACACCUGGUCGUGUGGACAUGGACACAGGUGGCAGUUUCUGUGGAGGAAACGAUAUGCAUACAAAUGGACUAACAUCCAUCAGGAUGAGCUCCCAUCAAAAAGCUCUCUUUCAUGGGAACAAAACAGAAGUUACAUUUUUUAUUUUGCUUGGCUUCCCAGGCAAUACUCAAAUACAGAUGCUAUAUUUUGCAAUUUUUUUGGUCAUUUACAUUCUAACUCUGGUGGCCAAUUUUCUCAUAAUUAUCAUAGUCUGCUUAAAUUCUCAUCUUCACAUCCCAAUGUAUUUCUUCCUCAGUAACUUUGCUGUGCUGGACACCUGGUGCUCAACUGCUGUAAUUCCUAAAACACUCAGCUAUUUGAUCACACAAGAUAAGCUCAUUUCCCAUUCUGGGUGCCUUGCUCAACUUUGCUUUGUUCACUCUGUAGGACCUACUGAAUUCUUCUUACUCACGGUUAUGGCUUAUGAUAGAUACCUAGCCAUCUGUUUUCCAUUACAAUAUGCAACAAUGAUGAACAGUCAGAUCUGCCGUUACUUAGCUAUAGGCUCCUGGAUGAGUGGCUUCUUUACUGGCUGGACAUUAACUAUUCCUACCGCUCUGCUAAGUUUUUGUGGACCCAAUCUCAUUGAUCACUUUUUCUGCGAUUAUAUCCCUCUGAUAAAACUGUCUUGUUCUGACACAUCCAUCAGUGAGACCGUCUUCUUUUCAUUUGCAUGGGUAGUUGUGCUAAGCUCACUUAUUUUUACAACAGUAUCUUAUUCCAGUAUAAUUAAGACCAUCCUUCGAAUUCCAUCCCGGCUUGGUCGUCAGAAAGCCUUUUCAACUUGUGCUGCUCAUUUAACUGUGGUCAUCAUUUUCUAUGGAACUGUCAUUUUUAUGUAUGUCCGCCCAAGAGCUUCCUACUUUUCUGAUAAAGAUAAAGUUGUAUCUCUGUUUUACUCUGUUAUAACACCAAUUUUAAAUCCUCUUAUAUAUAGUCUUAGAAAUCGAGAAUUUAAAAAGGCACUGAAAAAGGUUCAAGAAAAGCUCCACAAAUCAAUUAACGAUGUUUAG